GCGUUCCGCCCCUCAACAUCCUUAUGAUGCCCAAGACAAGCUGAACCUCCCUGAAGACCUAGGGGUUGCACUCCAGCUCGAGAGGGAAGGCGCGGAAGAGACUCGUCAAUGCCUGUGUUUGCACGUUGCUCUUGCCUUCGAGCCAGAUCUUCUUUCAGCAUGGGAAAAGGCCAGAGACUUAAGACGGGAGCUUUGGGAGGACAGCAGCGCUGCGUUUCAACAUCUUGGGGAUGCGAGUCCCUACAUCAGUACCGCUGAAGCCUUCGUGCGGCACAACGCGCAUGAUUGCAUCUACCCGGAUCAUGAGAAGGAUUUUCGCGUAUUGCAGUUGUUUGCUCGGCGGUUCAUGCAGGGGCGUGUACUUGUGGUGUUGCGUCUCUCUCACCAUGGGGUGGUCGAGGUUGACACUGUUAAGAGUGCCGGAGCACUGGAAAGCUACGGGGUUGUGGUUAUCCAUCGGGGUCACAUGCGAACCGCAAGGUGCCCCCCUGCCCAGAUUGAGCAGCUCCUUGAGAUCGCUACGCAAGGGGAACGCGUGAUCCGCGAGCUCGAAGUUGAAGGAUGGGGUGGCUUUCUGGAAACGCAGGCUGGUGUGGAGGAGGACGACGCUGGCGACCCGGCACGCCCGCCCGCUGAGCUCGGUGAUUCCGGCCUGCCCGAAGCAGAGCCGUCCCCUCAGCCUGCGGCUCCCCACCCUCCCUCCCUCGGCGUGGGCGGGUCGAUGCCAAAAUUGGCUGAAGCAGAGGAAGAGAGAGUUGGAGGUACAGUUGAGGGCGCGGUUCAGGUCCUUAAUGCGGCCCGUGUGAAAAAAUUGGGGGACCACCUCGAAGGAGCGAAGCAGAACGAAGCGAAGAACCAUGGUUCCGUCUACGGCUACGAGGAGGAGCUUCUCCAGAAGGUCAGUCAUCUCCUGGAUCGUGCUGGAGUUGCGGAGAGCCCUUUGGGACUAGUCCGGAAGCAGAACCCAGACAGGACAAUAUCUGCCGAAGGGCUCAUCAUCCUUAGCCUUGCCAUGCCCUUUGGCUGGGUAGUGGUCGUGGAACCCAUGGCGGGCAACCGAGAGUUCGACUCUCUCGCCGUGCUUGACGAGACCAUGCAGCUUGUGUGGGGCCCCGAAGAGGUCAAUGUCGAGAAAAUGGCUGAGGCGUUACCGCCCGCGCUCGAAUCACGGGGGGGGGAUGCCACUUUGGAGCGGAUUGGAGCCGUCGACUGGAAGGCCAAAGUCUUCCAUGCGGAGCGAGUGGAGCAGUACCGAGAAGGCCUGAGGAGGCUAGCCAAGGAAGGGGAUGAGACAGACAUCAUCUCAGUUAUGGAGCUCCUCGCGUUCGUUGUGCUAGCUUGCCAUCGCAGGGACGAAUGGGCAGGCGAACUAGUUCUGUACGUCACAGACAAUAUGAACGUGAGGACGUGGUUGCGCAAACGCCGGCCACGAAACAGGACGGCGAGCCUUCUUGUCCGGCUGAUCCAGCGUUUGGAAUCUGAAAACAGCUUCACAGUGCACCCUAUCUACAUCAGAACGUACCGGAAUCAACUCACACACUGGCUCAGUCGAGAAGAUCUUCCUCUCGUUCGUGAACAGCUUGUUGCGGAAGGUUGGACUGAGGUGGAGACAAGGAUUCAUUGGGAAGACUUCUUACGUGACGCAAAGCGUUCCGCUCUUGUCUACCCUGCAGGGGAGGACCCUUAA